AUGGGACGUACUUCGUCUAAUAGUCUUUCAAAACGAAAAAAAGACACCUGUAAUAAUAAUCAACUUAAUCAUAUUAUCGGCUCAACAGCUGAAAUCUACAAACAAGCAUAUCAAAAUUUAAUGAACAUUGAAAAUAGUAAUGAUAACACUCAUUCAAGCACACAAGUUCCUUUUCAAUACUCAAUUCCACCACCUACUCGGAACAACCUCAAACCAGUUAUUUCUCCAGUCAAUUCACCUGCUCGUCGUCCACAUCCUCCUUCCGAGAAUGGACUAUCUGAUCUAGAUGAUUUCGAACUCGAUCCUAAUACAAAAACGGCUUGUAAUAAUCGUAAGAAAACAAAAAAUAAUAACAUCAACAACGUCAAUUAUCAACACGGGAAUAAAUCACCAGUGACGUCAUCAGCUGAUCAAAUUCUUCUCAAUCUUCAAAACACAACUGUUACUACAAGGACAACUUCAGCUGCAAACCCAGCACCCUCAAUGUCAUUACAUAAUCAAGAACCUAAUAUUAACUCAUCGAACAUCAUUAUGAUAACCAAUGAAGCCAAGUCAUUUGCUCAGUCUCGCUAUCCUUUUCCACCUUUCAUACUUCGAUUUACUACAACACUUAUUAAUGAACAAAAAAUUGCUGAUGAAUUAUGUAAAUUUUUCAAAGAUAAGAAACAACUCGAAUUAGAACUCAUCGGUUAUCGUAAAUCAUCAACAAAAUGCUCCAGCAAUGAAUGUGAUUUACUAUUGUUCGUGAAGAACAGUCGAUCAUUUUCAAUGCUCUUCGAUAAAAAUAACUGGCCACAAUCGAUUCUCGGUUUAACAUUUACUCAACCAACGACACCAUCGAUUCCACCGCAACUUUCAUUAAUUCUGAAAAACGUAAAUCUCUCAAUAAACUUCACAGAAUUCACCAAUGAAAUCAAAUCAACUUAUCAAAAUGUUCACAAUGUCAUUCGAAUGAAAAACAUGAAUCAAACGAACAUCAAACUUGUGAAACUAGAAUUCUCGGACCACAAGCAACGCGACGAAAUUCUUAAUAGUGGAAAAAUCUUCAUCAACUCUAUAUCCUACGAUGUAGUAGAGUACUUAGCGCCAGCUAAGGUACUGAUAUGCAGCAAAUGCAUGGGCAUUGGACAUUUUAGAAAUCAAUGUAAAGAAGAAAAAGAUACUUGCAAAAAAUGUGGUAUGACAGUUGAUGACAUCGUCAGCCAUACUACAACAUGCUCUCAACUCCGCUGUAAACACUGCAAUGGAAACCAUAUGUCGAAUGACACAAAAUGCCCGUCGGUGAAGCAGUUUAGAGCCAGUUUGACAAAAUACCUUCUUGCUCCAGCUAUGCUAGCUAAUCCACAACUAAACAACGGUACUCUCUCCACGGCUAAUUUUCCACCUUUGAACCCAUCACAAAGCUCCUCAACAUACAAACAACACGAUCCUACUCAUCUUACAACACUUUCCAAUCCUUAUCAUUGGUCAAACAAUACAGCUACAUCCAACUCAUUAGCUAAUAAAAUCGACGACCUAAUUAAUAGUAUGAACCAGGUAAACAGGGUGCUCGAAAAAAUGGUUAACAAAAAUGAUCAAUUCGAACAAUUUAUGAAUGAUAAAAAAAUUAAUGAUGAACUAGUCUCAAACAAAAUUGAUGAAUUAAUUAAAAAUGAUAACAACAUCAGACUUAUUACAGCUCAACAUGAAAUUAAAAUUACAAGACAUGAAAACAUAUUUAUGAAACUAGUAAUCCCGGUGUUAGAAGAAAUUUCAUCCUUUCUAUCAAACAUCAAUGUUGGAAAAAAAGGUGAUACAUUAGAUGCAGACUUCAAUAGCACAAUCAAACGAAUUCGUGCACAGUUGAACAAUGCUAAAACAAGCAAAGAAUAUUAA